AUGCAGAGUGCAUUUCCUGCAGUGGUUAAAAUUGUGAUACCUUGUGCGCCACUUUUUGCUGUUCUAGCUGCAUCACUGCUUGCAUAUUUUAUUUUGUGGGCCAGUGUAUUCUUUGAGAAUGUUGUCCGUCUCAAAGCUUCAAUGGUUGCUGUAACAUUGCAGGCUGAUCUGUCUCUAAUGGCUCAUGCUCAGACAGUGUUAUCUGGAGAAAUUGGGGUGGUUAUUCUUUCGGUGCUGUUAGUACAUAUUGCUGGUUUCUUUGUAGGGUAA